AUUAAUUGAUUUUUCAGCGGAAAACUGGAUGGAGCAGCACGCACCGAAAUUGAAUGAGUGUUUGCUCUAAAAACAGUGACUUUAUAUGCACGAAUUGCAAAUUGUCAUUCGCUCAAUUUGAGCUUUUUUUACAGUUAGCUAGCAACAUAAGGUGUUGGGCGUACUGGUUGUCACUUCUUGGCACUUGUCCAAUCUCUCCAGUUAUUCGGUUGGACGGAUUGGUGUCAGUCACCCACCACACAAUGGUCGUGUUGGGUGUUGAAGAGUGAUUCAUUCACUGUGCAGUGUGCAUUUGGAAUCAAUGAACAUGAUGAAUUGAAUGAGUGUUAUUGAUCCGACUGCCAUCGAAUAAAGUUACGGUAACGUUUCAAACAAGUUAAACAGCCGACGGUGGACGUCAUGUCGCGAUCGAGGGCUGUCAACGGUAUUUUGACGAGUAAGAAUGAACUGGACGAGAUCAAUCGGAGACUGAAGCAGAACGGCGUGGAUCCGCAGAUCGGCGAUCAGGCCAAGCUCAAGGAAUUAUGGCGUCUGUUGACGCACACCGAGGCUAACCUCGCGACCUCUAAGCAGGCAUUGGGCGAAGCCGAUAAGCAACAUGCGGUGGAAAUGCAAGAGGUGGAGAGUUACAUGGAACAAGUUCGGCAUUUGGCGGAGGAGCGAGAUGCGUUGACCCAGGAAUUCGAAAUGGAGAACGAACAACUGAGGAAAGAUUUGGACAAAAUCCGCGAAGAGAUUGCAGAUAACAAGAGAGAAGUGGCUCAGCUGCUGAUUCAGGAAGGGUUUAUGGACCUUGCUGACAGUACACCCGGUGAAGCAAUCGCUUACUUGCUGGUGGAAAGAACAAGAACCAUGGAUGAGCUGAGAGAGGCCAAACGAAAAGCGGCCAGCAGCCCUGGCGCGGCGAUUACAACCAGCAAACAGGUCCAAGAAGUUCUGGACAAAGAGAGGAAAAUAAUGGAAGACGAAAUGCGGACAGAAAGAGAGAAAGUCAGGAAGAUGAAGGAUAGUAUUGAACAGAUUUAUGCUAAAGAGCUUAACAGAGUCAAAGCGGAUAACAAGCUAAAGAUAACCAACUUGGAAUCCCAGAAACGUCGUCUGGAGCAUGACUCAAGACAGCAUCAUCAGAAAGCGAGAGACCUGGAGUUUGAGAACGAACGACUCAAGAAAUCACUGGAGAGAGAGAAGAAAGAACGGAGGGAGGAGGUGGAGAAAGCUCAACAGCAGCGUGCAGGAUCUCCACGAGAUCUGAAUCAGUCGGAAUCAUCUCAGCUAAGAGAAGCAAAGAAGAAACUGGAGAUGGAGCUAUCAUCCACCAAGUAUCGUCUCAAGACAGGCGAGGAAGACAAGAACAAGCUCAACCAGAGAGUGAAAGAGCUCACUGAGUCUCUGGACACGGAGAAAAAACGACGGUCGUCCUACGAGGGGACCAUCAUCAAACUAAAGACAGUGGUCGAUCGGAACAAAAAACUCAUCGCUGGUUUUGAGGAUGAAAAGCAAACGUUAACCGAGGAGAAGUCAGCAUUACAGAUGCGCAUCGGCUUCUUAGAGAAAGACCUACAGGAGCUAAAAGAACAAGAAAAGAGCCUUUUGAAUCAAACUAAUUCCCUAAAAUCAGAACAAACCAUCAUCCAACGACAGGAGAACGAGAUCAAAAGCCUCCGGCAGGAAAACGAACAACAAGCGCUGAAGCUGCAACGAACAAUGGUUUCCUUGGAAACCGAGAGGAGAAAAUGUCUCGAGUUGGGCGAGAAGCUCACAUCCACGGAAGAGAAAUGGGAGCAGAUAGUGCAAAGAUACAAAGGGAAUGAGAAGGACCUGACUAACAAGCUGGACAAACUAACGAGGGAUCUUGACUUAUCCAAGUCGGAGCUGGAAGCAAACCAUCAGAGAAUCCGUCAGAUUCAUCAGGAACAUGGCAAACAAAUGGAAGAUGUAAAAAACGAAUCUCAGAUUCUGAAGGAGCAACUCAAGCAGGAGAAAGGUCUCUCUGACCAGGCCGACCGGCACAGAGAAACCAUCAAAGAACUAGAAGGCAUCGUCGAUGAGCUCAAGAAAGACAGAGAUGUCUUAGCAAGAGAACUUCAAAUCAUGAUCGGUAAAGAGCAAAAACACAGAGAGUGGAUGACGUCAAUAGAAGCGGCUGCGGAGGAGACUAAGAGACUUGAGGCGCAGCUGGAGAACAGUGUGAUGAAACAAAGCAGUCUUGUGGAGGAACUCAGUGAAGAAAAAAGGAGAAGUCAAAAAUUACAAGACCAGCUGAAUUUUAGCCAAGAAACAUUGAAGAUUGCAGAGGAGUCUACCGAUCAUCUCAAGGAGAGUAUUGGACGCAAGUCAGCUGAGCUGGUCAAGCAAUACGAUUGGUCAAAGGAGAGUCAGAUGAAACUUGAGAGCAAGGUGAAGUCGCUUGAGAGAGAGUUGGACGAGGCGAGGUCGGGGACGCAGCGAGACAAGACGGAGGUUUCUUGGAAACUGGAGAGAGAAGAGAAGAGAGUGAAGGAGCUGGAAGACAUGCUCGCAGAGAAGAAAGAGGAAUUGGCCGAAGUACGACGUGAAUCAGGGAGGUUGUUGCUGAAUCAAAGCCGAGCUGAGGAGAGAGUUCAAGAAGAAGCAAGAUUCAGGACGGAUGUAGAACAAAGGAAUAAAGUCCUGGAAGAAGAAAUGACCAAGCAAUGGACACAGCUGAAGGACCUGAUGGCCAGACUAACAUCCAGUGAAUCCGCCAAACAGGAACUAGAAGCACAGCUUGAGAAGCAAACUAACGAGACGCGACAACGCUACAGCGAGAUACAGCAGGUGCAGGCUGAAACCAACGCAACCACAAGCACGCUCAGUGUGGUGCAGCAACGAGCGCAGGCCGCCGAACGCAAGAUUCCAGAGUUGCAGCAACAGCUUGAUGAGAAGUCGCUUCGCUUACAGGCCACCGAGGCUCAGCUUAGAGACUUGACAGCCACUAAGAUAGACCUGCGGACUUGUAAGGACGAUAUCAACAGAUUGAAGGCACAGCUGCACGAAGAAAGGAUUGAAAAGUCAUUAUUGAACCAACAACUUGAAGAUGCCAAGCAACAAGCGGCUGCAUGCAUCGAUCGCGAAGAAAGACUACGACAUGAAAACGCUGACAUGAAACACAGAUUGCUAGAAACUCAGAGUAGACUGUAUGCAACAGAAGACAAGUCCAAGUCUGUUGAAGAUAUGCACUCGUUAGCGGAGCAAGGCAAGAAAUCCCUGUUUGAUCAAGUGUCCUCACUGCAGCAGGAAGUCCAACGUCUUCAGACGGAACUCGUGCAGACGUCGCAACGACUCGACGCACAGAUCAACAAAUACGACGAACAUAAGUUGCAUCAUAAAAACAAGAUACAGCAAGCUAGGGAGAUUUUUACAAGGCACAAGACAGUCUUAGCCGACAGCUUGAUGAAGUUACAGCAGGAUCUGAAUACAACGAACGCCGAGUUGCAGAAAGAACAGAACAACCGCGAGAACUUGCAGAAGAAACACGACAGCUUGUUAGAAGAACAUCGCAAACUCCUUGCCACACAUUCCGAUACAGAGGAGGCGGUCCGAGACCAGAACCGCAACGUCAGCACCAUGGACUACCGAGUCAAGUACUUGGAACGAGAAAACGGCGUCCUGCAAAACCGCAUCGACACGCUGAGCAGACAACGGGUCGCCAUGGAAAAACUCAUCAGGGAAUACCGGCUGGAAAAACAGAAACAGGAGAUUGACAAGUCGUUGUUAGUGUCGUCUUCUGGAGGAGUUAUGUUUCCUUCGUCGCCACUUAGUACAUUAAAUUCCACCGUUCCUAAAACCACCUUAACCAGUGGUCUUGGGUUGUCGCAAAGCCCGAGCUACAUUUCAACCCAUGACCUCCGCAACACCAACAACGGUCACUCACUGCGAUCCAGUCUGCCGGGAACGAGGACAUCAGGGUACGGUCACAGUCCCACCAAUCGAGAGUUGUUACGGAGUCCGGAAUUGAGUAAUACGCAGAGCUCGGAUGAGUCCUGAGUCAUUCUUCAUCUCGCAUGAGUCAUUGUCAUGAUAUGAGUUAUGGUUACUGGCCACUGGUAGCCCUACAAACCGCGAGUUACAUGUAUUACGGAGUCUAAGUUGAGUAACAUGCAGAGCCUAGAUGAGUCCUGAGUAAUUUAUUCUCUUGUGAGUCAUCGUCAGGAUAUGAGCGCAAUGGUCACUUGCCACUCGUAGUCCUACAAACCGCGAGUUAUUACAGAGUCUAAGUUGAGUAACAUGCAGAGCUCGGAUGAGUCCUGAGUAAUUUUUUCUCUCAUGAGUCACAGUCAUGAUAUGAGCUCACUGGUUACUCGCCACUCGUAUUCCUAAAAACCGCGAGUUAUCACGUAGCCCAGCAUUGAGUAAUACACAGAACUCAGAUGAAUCUUUUGUAACUGUUCAUCACUCAUGAGUCAGUGUCAUCAUGUGGGCUCAAUGGUUACUCACUACUCAUAGUUGUACAAACUGUUGAGUUAUACAUGAUUCCAAAGUUGAGUAAUACACAGAACUCGGAAGAGAAACUGUCAUGAUACAAGCACUGUGGUUACUCACUACUCAUAGUUAUGCAAACCGUGAGUUAUUACAGAGUCAAAAUUUGAGUACUACACAGCUCAGAUGAGUCUUGAGUAAUUAAUCAUCUUGCACAAGUCAGUGUAAUGUGAAUUGUAUUGUUACUCACUAUUCGUAGUUCCACAAACAGUGAGAUAUUACGGAGUUCGGAAACGAGUUAUAUACAGAGUCCAGGUUGAUUAGAGUAACUGUUCAUCUCUCAUGAGUCAGUGUUAUUGAGCUCACUGAUUACUCACUACUCAGUCUAAAAACUUGAGGUAUUACAAAGUCCAGAAUUGAGUAAAACACGAACUCAUGAGACUGAGCCAUUCUUCAUCCUACAUGAGUCAGUGUUGUAUAAGCUCCAUGGUUACUCACUACUCAUUCCAAUCCUGAGUAACAUUCUUUAAUGAGUCACUGUCAUGAUAUGAGUGCUACGGUUACUCGCUACUCGUCUGACAACGACUACGAGUAGGAUAGUACUGAGUCACAAAGAACUCGGAUGAAUUCUGAGUAACUUUAUUUUCUCAUGAGUCAUUGUCACUGGUUACUCAUAAUUCAGUUAUUAUGUAGCUCAGAAUUGAGUAAUUCUCAUGAUUCAAUUCAAUAAAAUGGCGUGUUUAAGCAAUAAAAUCCUUCACUCAAAUGUAAAUUAUACAGUAUUCAAUAUUUUGAAGAGUAAUUGUUUUAAUAUGAAAAAUGACCAUCAAAUGGCUGAUAUUUGUACUGAGUUUUAAGUGCCUAGUAUCGAGUUGAGUACUAAGUGUGCCUACAGACAUUUUAAAGUUGGAAUAUUGUAUCUUGUAUUUUUCUGUAAGCGUAAUUCAUAGAAAAGUGUGUGUGUUAUUGAAACCUUACAAAUAAAGAAUAAUAACUAAGGGUGUGCAUCGGAACCGGUUUUAAUACCCGAGUACCCGACCGCUGAUGUCAGGAACCGGUUCCAGAUUAUGGGAUCGGGUACCAGUAACCAACUUUACAACUCAGUAACUUCUCAGACAAUGAAAAAGAAAGGUUUUGAAUGUCAUUUAUGGGAAUUUUCAAAAAUACAAACCAGGCUACAUGGAAAACUGAAACAGUUUCUCAUUUUUGUGCAUUUUAACGCGCGACAGAUGACGCUCGCAAAAAUUGCAGUUUACACCGUAAAGCUAUACAGCCUUUUAGACAACUUCCGGGAUUUGAAUUUUAGGGUUUGGGUUUCUUUUACGGAUAUCCGGAUAUCCGUGUGUUACUUCAAUCGGGUACCCGGUUCCCAUAAUACCCGGAAAUGCACACCACUAAUAAUAAUAGAGUGCUAUUAUUUAAUUUAGAGUGUUUUGUGUGUGUUUUUAUGAAAAGUAUGUUUUUAAGCUGUUGUUCAUAUGCUGUGAUGUGGUUCGAGUCAUAUGACCAAUGUAUAAUAUUUAUAUUUAUAUGUGUGCUACUUUUUUUUACUUAUUGCGUGUAAUACUCGAUGUGUUCUAUGAAAUGUACUACGCUGAAUUUUCACGCAGAAAACUUCGUUUCGUGAAUCUUAAAGUUUCCUUUUUGUUAUGUUUAAGUUUUUGGACAGAUAUAAUUAGUCAUAAUCAACUAUGAUGCACAAAAAAUAUGCAAGAAUUGUGAACCUUACUUGAGGCUCAUUUAAAGUGGUUAAAUUUAGUUCAUCCGGUUUUGUUUUUUACCGAUUGAGUAACAAAUUGAGGAAUUUGUAUGCACGUAACAAUACAAUGCAAACAUGUCUAGAAGUGUCAUAUUGUUGAGGAUGCCAUUUUAGGUAUAAACAUACAGGAAUCCAAGGGUAUAUUGCUGUUAAUUGUCAUGCUGCCACAUUUCAAAAAUUACAUUUUUACAAUUUUUAAUUUGUAAAUUUUGAUGUAAAGUUACUAAACUGCUUCAGUAAAGAAAGAAGUACUUGUCUGUACCUAGAUGUUAAAGCGCCCCCGUUUGCUGAAAAAUAUGAUGUAUAGACGCGUUGCGUGUGUAUCGGAGGGUUUUCCAAGUUAUAUCAAUUUUAGGCCAAAAA